AGAGCAGACGACACUUGUCUGGCAAAUGGCUAAGAUGUUUUCCUGAAGGUGCGUCGCGAGGGCCUUGCAUGAGGACACAGCGUUGCGGCGACCCCGGGCCCCCAGGGCUGAGUGGACCGAGGAGUUACCACUACGUGCAGGCCAUGAACAGUAAAGUCUAUGCCAGAAUCCUUGCGCAUUACCCGUAUGUGGUCUUGUUGGUGGUGCUGGUCGUCACGGCAACCUGUCUCGUGGUCUCCAUCACACUCCCCCGAAACCUGGACUUCCGCCAACCGACAGCGGGAUUCGAACCUCGCGGCACAGAGAUUGGGGAGCGACUGACGGCGUACCAUAACCUGAUGGACAACGCCGGCAGCAACGUCAACCUCCACCCGUUCACCCAGGGCGGCACUGGCGAGACAAGCGGAAGCAGGGUGGGGCCUGACUUGUACCGUACAGACGACGAAGGGGGAAUAACGGCCGAGGAGGAGGAGGAGGAGGAAGAGGAGGCCGACGGAAGCGGAAAUCUCAGCAGCUUUGACAAGCAUCUCUCGCAGCACUUCGAUGCUGACAAGUACUUCUGUGGGCUGCCCAGUGAGUCAGACGUGGUGGUAGUGGGGUUGGAUAAAAGGGGUACGUGCGGGUUGUCUAUCGCACGUGAUGGGGGCAGCCUGCUGAGCGCCGUGCGCCUGCGCAGCAUCUGCCACCUGGAGGAGGAGUACUUCGACACCUACCCCGGGUAUAAGGCGUCGUGCGAGACUCCGUGCUCGGGGUGCAGGGCGUGCUGCCGGCGUCUGUCGCUGCCCAACUUCGUGGCGCUGCUGGCUGGCAAGACUUCGUGCAGGAAUCUGACGGACGAUGACGUUGGUACCGCUUUCCGCCUGCUGUCCGCCUGCGCCGGCUACUACCACAAUCUGACGCUGGAGGCCACCUGCAGCUCGCCGGCCGGCCAGAAACUGUGGUACAACGACUUCCAAGAGGAGGCGACAGGGCUGGGCUGCCCCGGGGUGCCCACCCGCUGCACCAGCGCAACGUUGUCUUCACCAUGCUUGCACUACCUGGCGGACCACCAGUUUCUGCUGCGGCCCCCUGUCCCCAAAUCGGAUCCGCCGCUGACCUACGUGGCCACAUUCCUACCCCUGGCGGCGGCUGCCCAGGACAACGUGGGACUGUACGAACAUCUGGAGAGUUUGCCGAGGGUGUACCAGGAGGUGGAGAUCACGGGGGCAUACUUCGCCGUCAAGGACAUCUUGUUCGAAAAAUACCUGGUGGCUGACUCCGUUUGGUUGGGUCUGGCUGCCGGCGUCAUUUUUCUGGGCAUGUGGCUGUACACCACUUCCGUCUUCGUUACUUUCAUGACCUUCCUUGCCAUCUUCUGGGCUCUCGUGACGGCCUACUUCCUGUACACAUUCGUCUUCGAGAUUGGCUUUUUCCCUUACAUGAACAUGAUCACCGUAGUCGUUAUGAUUGGCAUCGGCGCCGACGACCUGUACAUCUACUGCAAGGUCUGGCACCUGGCCAAAUCCGAAAAAAAUAACGGUGUGCUGGAGAAGCUCAUCAGCGACACUCUGCGGCAUUCCGUGCUGUCCAUGCUGGUGACUAGCCUUACUACGGCGGCUGCUUUCUUUGCCAACUUUGUCAGCGACAUCACGGCCAUCCGUUGCUUCAGUAUCUAUGCUGGCACCACUGUGGUCUGCAACUUCGUCCUCACCGUCACCUGGAUGCCGGCCUCCAUCAUGCUUUUCGAGAAGUGGUGCAACUUUCACUUCUGUCGCAAUGCAGACGUGUACACGGGAGAGUUCAGUAUAUGCUAUUGCCUGUGCAAGGUGCCGCACAAGGUGUACUAUCUUGUCUGCGAUUGGUCGCGGAUCUUUUUCGAGCAGAUCCUGCCUUGCCUGGUGAUCAAGCUCCGGUACCUGUGGCUUCUAAUGUACGGCUGCCUGGGCAUCUGCAGUGUCAUCGUCAUCUUCUACUACCCUCGUUUGAAACUGCCGUCGACGAGGAAGUUCCAGAUGUUCAGCGACGAUCACCUAUUGGAGAGAUACGACUUUCACGUUGGCACAAUGUUCGGCUUCGAGAUGACCAGUGAUGACGAUGACAGCAACCCCAAUCUGCCCAUCACUAUUGUUUGGGGAGUGCACGCUACGGACGGUGGGGACUACCUGGAUCCCAACAAGAAGGGCCCCCUCUACUUCGACGACGGCUUCGACCUCACCACCGGCGAGGCGCAGCGGUGGUUGCUGGAGUUCUGCCGGCGUUUGCGGCGGACAGAUUUUUAUCUGAACGUGCCGGGAAUGCAGCUGACCAACUGCUUCCUGGAGAACUUCGUCAAGCACUACAUGAAGCGACAAUGCAGCAGCGACAACCCCAGCGACGUCAGUGGCAUGUGUUGCAACAAGACCCGCUUUCCCGUACCGAAACGCGAGUUCUCUGAGUGCCUGAAACACUACAUCCCGGCCUUGCAGAGUACUCCCGGCGUGCACUACUCAAAAUACUCCCCCGGACCCCGCUUCAACAACGGCCACAUCAGUGCCUUCGUCGUGCAGUUUCAAAGCAACGAGCGUUACACGCACGACUACCAGCACGUGCAGAGCUUCUAUCGCCGGGUUAACCGCUGGGUCACGGAGGAGAUGUUGAGGGCUCCGGCCGAGAUGCGGAACGGUUGGUUCGUUAGCCACUUGGAUUUCUUCGACCUGCAGCAGAGCCUGGUGGUGGGCACGCCUCUUGCGUUGGGCGUCUCACUAGCUGUCGUGUCCGUGGUGGCCUUCUUCACUACUCUCAACGUUCUCAUCAGCCUCUACGCCAUCGCCACCAUCGCCUGCGUCAUCGUGGUCACUCUGGCUUCCCUCGUGCUGCUGGGCUGGGAGCUCAACGUCCUCGAGUCCGUAGUCAUAACCGUAGCUAUCGGCAUGGCUAUCGACUACACGCUGCACUACGGGGUGGCCUACCGCCUCUCCCCCGACCUGGACCGCGAGAUGCGAGUGGCCUCCUCCCUCAGCCGCAUGGGCAGCCCUGUUGCCAUGGCGGCCGUCACCACCUUUUCGGCCGGGCUUUUUAUGAUGCCUUCCACGGUGCUGGCCUACCGUAAGUUCGGCACCUUCCUCAUGCUGCUAGUGUCGGUCAGCUGGGUAUACUCAACCUUCUUCUUCCCUCUGCUUCGCGCCAUCGGGCCGCAAGGGGGGUUCGGGCAGUUUCACUGGCCCGCCUCGGACUGCUGUUCGGGAGGUUCGCGCGAGCACGUGGACAAGACGGUGUACGCCCUUUCUGAGUCCACGCUGAGCUCCUCAUCAGCCAACCACGCCAGCAGCACGGAGACCCACGAACUGGAGCCGCUGACCAGCCUGCACGACACCAGCACAUCUCGCCCCCGCUAUCCCUCCACCGUCUCGCAGCACGCAUACAGCGCGCACCAUAACCACUACCAUCACCACCACCACCACCAUCUCCACCAGCAGCAGCAGCAGUUGCAACAGCAGCACAGGCCUCGCGCGCGGGGGCAGUACACGCAGGUGAAAACGAGGAUCAUCGAGAUAGACAACGACCCGGAGAUGGCGGAAAAAGGCGAACAGCAACAACCGCAGCAGCAGCAGCAGCAGCAGGCCAGGCGGGAGUCUCCCGCUGUGGCGUUCCGCUCUUCCCAGCACCUGGCUACUGCCGUGGCAGAGCUAGACCCAUUCCGCGUGAGUGAGCAGCCGGAACAGGUGGGUGGAGCGGAAGGGCAGCGGUGUGCGGACUCCACGGUGGUGCGGGCGUCGACGCACGCGUCUGUCGCAGACCAGAGAGUGUCUGACGGUGGAGUGACGGACUGCGUCGGGCUGGUGUCGGCCGAUUUGUCGCAUGGCCCUUUUCCUCAGGCAGUGGAAGUGUUGUGAGGUUUUUUUUCUUCAUUUUGCAUCAACUGUUCUUCUCCUCUUCCCCCCAAACCCUCUUUUUAAAAUGAAAACAAACAAGUUGAAAUGUUGUGUACGAGAGAGACUGUGUGAACGUGUGAUAGAGAAAACGGAGAAGUGUGAAACGUGUGAAAGCUUUGAUGUGUGGGGACACAUCUGAACACUUACCUGUUAUUUUUAAAACGUGUUUGGCCUACGUGCUUUUAUUACUUAAAUAUUUCCAGACAGCAUCAAACACUUAAACAGAACGUCUUUCGUGUAACUUGCUGGUAUACUAAUAAUUAAAAAGAACGUUCUUUUUUAUACAA